AAACUGGUAUUAUUGGAAGUAUUACUGUUGCAGUAGGAAUGGAUCUGGGAGUAGACAUCAACGAAAGCGAAAACAGUGACAAGAAGGAGGUUAUCACCGCGAUGACGGUUGCUGGUGCUUUCAUUUGUUCGAUAUUUGCUGGUGCUUUAAGUGAUAAGAUUGGACGUAAAUGGGUCCUCGUCAUUAGUGACAUCUGCUACUGUAUUGGUACUGUUAUCUUUGGUGCAUCAUACUCAGUAGCUCAAGCUGCCGUUGGUAGAUUGGUUCUAGGUUUUGGAGUUGGUAUGUCUUCCUGUAUUGGUCCUAUGUAUAUCUCUGAGAUCAGUCCACCACAACUGAGAGGUACCCUCGUAACUAUCAACUCACUUGCAAUCACGUUCGGACAAGUUGUUUCGUAUGGUCUUGGAGCUGCAUUGUUGCAUGCACCAGAAGGAUGGAGAAUUAUGCUGGUUUUAGGUGCCGUUCCUGCCAUAUAUCAAGCUAUUGCAAUUCACCUGUUACCUGAAUCUCCUCGUUACCUUCUUACAAAGGACAAGACUGAAGAAGCUUAUAAUGCUAUCGCAAGAAUGUAUCCACGUGCUACUCAAGAGGAACUCGCACUGAAGUUUGAUAUUCUUACUGCUAACGUUGAUGAAAGUGUACAGUUGGCAAGACAACACACUACUUGGCAACUUCUCAAGUCAUUGUUCACUAUACCAAAGAAUCUUAGAGCUCUUUCACUUGCUAUGACUCUUCAGGCCACUCAACAGCUCUGUGGUUUCAACGGUUUGAUGUACUUUGCCCCAACUCUUUUCCAAAUGUUAGGCUUCCAAAACCCACCAACCGGUGGUCUAGUUGUUGCAGCUGCCAACAUGGUAUUUACUGGUUUGGGUAUGCUUCUUGUUGAUAGAGUUGGUCGUCGUCCAUUAGUAGUAUUCCUUAGUUCUCCAGGUGUGAUCCUUGGUUGCGUCUGGAGCAUAGUAUCACUCUAUUUCCUCACCAAAGAAACUGGCUUACAAUUUGAUGAUAACUACCAGUAUGAUCAGGGCAAACAAGUAGCUGUCAUUAUUGGUUUCGUCUUCUACGUUGCAAUGUAUGGUGUUGGAUUAGGACAUGUACCUUGGACAAUGUCAGACCUGUUUUCUCUUGAAGUACGUGGUAUUGGAACUGGAAUUGGAACAUCUACUAACUGGGCAACAAAUCUAAUUAUUAGUGAAUCUUACCUCUCCAUGCAAAAAGGAAUGACACCAUCUGGUACUUUUGGUUUGUUCGCUGGAUUUACCUUCUGCGGAUGGGCGUACCUAGGAUUUUGUUAUCCAGAAACAACAGGUUUACAUCUUGAGGAAAUUCAAGACAUGCUCAGAGAUGGUUUCAAUGUUAGAAAGUCUAUAGCGCUUAGAAAUUCCAAGAAAAGGGCUAUGAAAGCGAUUAAAAACACUGAUAUCAACCAGAUAGACCCAGAAUCAAAAUAAUAAAGAUGUAGUAUAGAACCAAUUGUAUUUAUAUCCUUCUAAUAAUAUUUCAUGACUCGUUUA